CACUUUCUUCCGCCAGUCGGAACAAUCUGAGCGAGUUACUGGGCUUGACUCGCCUCGUCGCCGGGGUGGGACGAAUCGUCGCUCGCGGUCGUGCAUCUAUCGACGGGUACCGCGGCGACGGAGUAAUCGUCUCCACGCGAUUCGAGCGUGCCACGCACCGGUCGUACGAGCGCGACAAGUGUGGCAAGAUGAAGAUGGCGGACGGACCCACGAUCCUGCGGAGAAACAGGCCCGGAACGAAAGCAGAGGAUUUCAGCAGGUGGCCGGAUGAGCCGUUCGAAGAGAUGGACAGCACGCUAGCUGUGCAACAGUAUAUCCAACAGAUGAUCAGAAGAGAUCCAUCUAAUAUUGAUUUGAUACUUAACAUGCCAGAGGCCAAUGACGAAGGUGUAUGGAAGUAUGAGCAUCUCAGGCAGUUCUGUAUGGAGCUCAAUGGUUUGGCAGUUAGAUUACAAGAGGAGUGCCAUCCGGAGACUUGCACGCAGAUGACAGCCACGGAACAAUGGAUAUUUUUAUGCGCUGCGCAUAAAACUCCCAAAGAAUGUCCCGCGAUUGAUUACACUCGACACACACUGGAUGGAGCGGCGUGUCUACUUAACAGCAACAAAUAUUUCCCCAGCAGAAUCAGCAUCAAGGAAUCCUCUGUAGCGAAACUCGGUUCCGUUUGCCGCAGGGUUUAUAGAAUCUUCUCUCACGCAUACUUCCAUCAUAGAACGAUAUUCGAUGAAUUUGAAAAUGAGACGUUCCUUUGCCGCAGAUUUACAUCAUUUGUAACAAAAUAUAAUCUGAUGUCAAAGGACAAUUUGAUAGUACCUAUUAUGGAAGGUGAAGGCGCAACGGAAAGUGAAGCAUAGGAUCUAACAUUGCGAUCGUAUUGCCCAAAGUCGAAUUGCCAGAUUUAGUAAGAAAAGAAAAAUGCUAUAUAAUAUUCAUGCAUUAAUCUGAUAUUUUGUGAUUAAUAUUUGAAGAUCUUUGAAAGAGGUCAGUAAAUUCACUCUUAUUUAAAUUACGAAUAUUAGAAUCUUUUUAAUAUAUUAUAUAAAAAAAUGUGUAUUUAAAAAGUAUUUAAAAAAUUGCAUCACAUUGGAGUGUACGUUAUUUACUUUUCUACUAUGUUCUAAUAUUGAGUGAGUAUAUGGAGCAAGUUAUUGUGGCAAACUCAACUAUUGAAUGUAAAUGUAUGAAUUUUCAAGACACUUGCUCCAUUAAAAAGAAUUUAGCUUUCACAGAAAUAUAUUUUCUUGAUAACCGACAUAUUUCAAAGAUCUCAAAAAAGACAAAUUCUUAUCUUUGCUCAGUAUCUUAUUAAACAGAAAUUUGUUCUUAAUAUAUGUUUUAUUAAUAGCUGUGCAAUUAUUGCUGUAGACAGAAUAUUUUUUGUGUUUAAUAAGCACAAUUCUCAUAUUCCAUUUGUUUAAUGUCUAAGAUCUGUGCAACACUUUUUAAAUGAUAUAAGAGUUAAUUAAAACUAUCAACUUUCUUGAAACAUAUUGUAUAUGGUAAUUUAAUCUGUUAUACUUUUUAUAUAAUAUAUUACAUUUAAAUAAGAAAAAAAAGAGGAAGAGAAAAUAUGACGUUAUACACUUUUUAUCUUACGCUAUUGAAGUUACUAUUGACGCUGGCAAAAGUGUCUCUCAUAUCUCUAUCUUAUGCUUUACCUUUUGUGAACAUUUUUCUGUAAAAAUAGACUGUGUCUCUGUAUACGCUAAAUAUGUGUAAUGGAAAAAUAUAUAAGUCAUUCAUGUAUUACCUAUGUUACACACUUAGUGUGUGAAUAAUUGUUUAUAAGUUUCGAAAUAAGUAUAAACCAAAUUCUAUUGGAUCAUUUGUAUUAAAAUUCUAUUCUUAAAUUGUGCUCUAAAUUUUAUGUAUUAUUAAUUUAAUCUUGCAAAAAUAGAGUGCAUUGUACUGAAAAUCAUCAAAAUUUUUCAGUAUAAGAAACUGAGAUAGUCAAAUUAAUACACAGUAAAUAAAUUAAUUACGUUUUAUUCUUUGAUAAAAUGAUAGAUCUAGAUCUUCAAAAGUGAUCUUUAUAUCUGAAAACGACUUGAGGUAAAAUAAGAUCCAAUUAUACAGAAAUUUUCAAUAAGAUGAAGAUGGUAACACUUCAAAUGUUUGUUGCCGCAAUUUGCAUAAUCAGAAAAAUGCGAAUUUAUAUAAACAAUUGUAGAAUUUUACACAUUAUUAUACCAGCAUCGUGUUAGUCUAGGGUGACUAUAAUAAUCGUCAUCACGUAGUUGGUCUUUAUAAGAUGUAUUGUUUGAGCGAGAAGCAUAGCGAUAAAUGUGGUAUUGCACUGUUAUUUAUAAUACAUACACAUUUAUUCCAUAUAGCAAUAUAAAUCAGGAUGUUAGGCUUUUUCUAUCCUGUUCUUGAAAAUUUCGUAACAAUUUACGAUGAAUCUUGAACAGAUUGCUUGUUCCAAAUGUCGGACUUAAGGCUAGGUCGAAACUAUAAUAAACAAAAAGAUGAAGUGUAGAAGAGUGGCUGGGCGCCUUAUCAAUUCGCCCAUCUGUGGCUUUUCGAAUCUAUAAUAAGAUAUUGCUAUGAAAUGUAUAGUGCGAAUACGUUUUUUAAAAUGAAUAUUAGUAAAGAUGAUUUUUUUUAUCUGAAAAAUAGAUCAUAAGAUGAGAUCUUAUGACAGCCGAUCAAUAAUGACAUUGCUUUCUGACACGACAAAUAUUCAUUGUAAUAAUAUGUAAUUCUCAUCAUAUAAAAGUAGUGUCUUUAUGAAGAUAGAAUAAUAAAAUUCAUACUCAACAUGUAUUGACACAUGUUGCUACGCGAGAAUUGCUACUGCCCCACGUGCUUCUCGUAACGAGAUUCUGUCAAGCGACGAGUGACGUUUUGACAUACUGCGCAUUGCGAGAUUGUUUCUUUUCGUAUUCGACGCAAUGGAAAAGAUAUUGUAACACUGUAUAUAAGACUUGUAAGUACAAAAACUCGAGUUAUAAUGUAUUGAUGAAUACCGCGAGAUGUGACGAGAGAUUCUUUAUGCAGCAGGUAUAUAUAUACAUAUAUAUGACGUGUGACUGUUCUUGUGAAAAUUGUCUAUGUAAUAAAGAAAUAAACUUUCUACAUAA